AUGGUGCUCGUCCAGUACCUGAAGAAGAUCGGCGGUUGGAUAGCUCCCCCUCCACAAAAGUCAGAAGAUGGACGUGAUCAAUGGCCCUCGCGAGCGGCCUUCCUCCUUGCCGCCAUGGGAGGUUGCGCUGGACAAGGAAACCUACUGCGAUAUCCCUCGGUCGUCUACAAUAACUACGGCUUGCAAUGGUUUAUCCCCUACUUACUAGCAAUAUUCGCUGUUGCAAUUCCCUCCCUCAUCCUCGAGAUCGCGAUCGGACAGGCAUAUCGAGGUGGGACGGUCAUCGCGUUCAACAAUAUCAAUAAGCGGCUGAAUGGCGUCGGAAUAGGUCCGAUCUUGGUCAGCUUCAUUGUCACACAAUAUUUCACGGUCAACCUGGCAUGGAUCAUGAACUAUUUCCGAAACUCUUUCCAAAGUCCCUUACCUUGGGAAGGUAGAAUCGAAGAGUUCUACAUGGGUGAUGUUGUAGCAAAUGUUGACCCGAUCGAGGGUAGUCUAACCCCAGGGAAUGGCGCAGUGGCCAAGUAUACCAAAUAUCCCGGCGUUAGUCUGCUUGGGGAAACAGUCGGCUGGAGCGCCUUUAUCUGGUUCUUGAUCUGGAUUUCCAUCUUUCGUGGAGUGGGCCUGACUGGCCGCGUGGUUUACUUCACGAUGGGUUUGCCCAUCGUUACCACAAUUAUCCUCGUAGCUCGCUCCGUGUCGCUCGAGAAUGCCGGCCAGGGCGUCCGGCUUCUCUGGGCUACUUGGCGAGGCGGACAGCUCGCCUCGGGGACGGUCUGGCAAACGGCUGUGGGACAGGUCUUCUUCUCGACUGGCAUUGGUUUCGGCUACUUCACUUCUUACGCAUCCUACAAUGCCAAGCACUCUAAUGCCGUGAUGGAUGCGGCCCUUAUCUGCGGUAGCAACGUGCUUUUCGAAAACUUUGCUGCCUUUGCUGUAUUUGGGGUGGUUGGGUACCUUCGACGGUGGCCUCAAGAUGGUGAGAGAUUGGGUGCCUUCGUCGUUGGGUUUCUGACGCUCCCCGAGGCAGUCAUUCACAUGCCCGGAUCAAAUUGGUGGGCCAUUCUGUUGUUUUUCACUUUGGUAGUGCUCGGGUUCAGUUCGGCGUUUGUGAUGCUCGACGCCGUGGCUACAUUGGCCGUAGAUGCUGGAGUCAAAUACUCGCGGCCGGUCAUUGUUACUGUCCUAACUCUGAUCUCAUUCCUCAUGUGUCUACCGUACUGCACCGAGUUUGGCUUCUACCUCCUUGAUGGAAUCGACCGGUGGAUCAACAAUGUUGCACUGAUUUUCGUCGUGUGGUCGGAGCUUAUCGGCGCAACCGUGGUCUAUCGCUGGCACGACACUGUCAGCCAAACGGGGCUGCCAGCUUUUCUUAUUUACAAUUUCGGAUACUUUGGCGGUCAGAUAGUCGGUGUCUCUGUUGCCCACGGUGUUCAGAAUCCGUCCGUCGGUGCCGGUGCCGGCUUUGGUCUGUAUAUCGUUUGUACAGUUAUGUCUGUUCUGAUCGCCAAGACCCCUGGUACCAGAGCGUCCAGCUUCUGGGGCAGUAACGCUCCUCUCAGCCGAUUCUGGUAUCUAGCAUUCUACUCAGGCAACCAACUAAGACGAGACCUAAACGACAUUGUCGGCGGCGGCGGAAACUGGAAAAUCCCUCGCUUCUGGCCUCUUCUCCUCCGCUAUAUCAGCGCUCCUGUGCUGGCCAUCGUCUUCAGCUUCGCGUACCCUGAAUUCUAUGGUCUACGAUAUGACCCAAUGAUGAUUGCGGGGUUUAUCCUGGCACAUCUCUGUCUGCUUGUUAUUCUUCUGGGCGUUGUGCUGCCGCGAUACUACAACAUCUUUAUCCCUGCUCAUCGCCAAGAAGAGGGAACCGAGAUCACCAUACCUAACCAGCCAAAGGGACAGGGUAUUGAAUACACACCGGAUAUUUCUGGAUUGGACUUCGACGCUGGUCUGUCGAAGUCAUUCCCUAGGACGAGAUUCGAUGGGGUUGAUGCUGAACGUGCGAUUCCGAAGCCUUAG